AUGUCACCUGGAGAAGGAGAUCGUCUGAUUAAUGAGGGAUUGUAUAGAAACUUCCGUCAAGUAUCAGGCACCGUCAAAGAGCUUCGACUUUCUUCUUUCAUUCAUGUUUCCUCCAUUUUAUUCUUCUUUCCUCCCUUCCUAAGUUUUUCUUCCUUCUUUCCUUCCUUCUUCCCUUCUUUCUUUCUUUCUUUCUUUCUUUCCCCCUUACUACUUUCUUUCUUUUCUUCUUUCUUUACUUCCUUUUUUCCGUCCUUCUUUCCCCUUCCUUCUUCCCUUCAUUUCUUUCUUUCUUUCUUUCUUUCUUUCUUUUUUCUGUCCUUCUUUCCUUCCUUCUUCCCUUCAUUUCUUUCUUUCUUUCUUUUUCUCUCCCUUCCUUCUUUCUUUCUUUCUUUCCCCGUUCCUUCCUUCAUUUCUUUGUUUGUUUGUUUGUUUGUUUCUUUCUUUCUUUCUUUCUUUACUUCCUUUUUUCCGUCCUUCUUUCCUUCCUUCUUCCCUUCUUUCUUUCUUUCUUUCUUUCUUUCUUUCUUUCUUUCCUUCCCCCUUCCUUCUUUCAUUUCUUUCUUUCUUUCUUUUCUUCUUUCUUUACUUCCUUUUUUCCGUCCUUUUUUCCCCUUCCUUCUUUCCUUCCUUCUUAAAUUCAUUUCUUUCUUUCUUUCUUUCUUUCUUUCUUUCUUUCUUUCUUUCUUUCUUUCUUUCUUUCUUUCCUUCCUUUUUUCCAUCUUUCUUUCCCCUUCCUUCUUUCCUUCAUUCUUUCUUUCCUUCCUUCUUUCCUUCCUUCUUUCUUUCUUUUCUUUCUUUUUCUCCCCCUUCCUUCUUUCAUUUCUUUCUUUCUUUUCUUCUUUCUUUACUUCCUUUUUUCCGUCCUUCUUUCCCCUUCCUUCUUUCCUUCCUUCUUCCCUUCAUUUCUUUCUUUCUUUUUCUCCUCUCUUUCCUUCCUUCCUUCCUUCCUUCUUUCCUUCCUUCGUUUCUUUCUUUCUUUCUUUCUUCUUUUUCCACCCUUCUUUUCUUCAUUUCUUUCUUCUUUCUUACCUUCUAUUUUCCCUCUCUUUCUUCUUUUUUUUCUUCGUUUCUACCUUCCUUUAUUCUUUUGCUCAUUAUUUCCUUCCUUCCUUCUUUCCUUCAUUUCUUCCUCUGUAG